ACACUAGGACGCCUGCUUCCCAUCACUCUGCUGCACACCCCGCAGAGCCUCAGCCUCUCACAGAUUCCUGCACACACUCAAGAACUCUCAGGCUUACACACCCUCUGUGGCCUGCCUCAGAUCAUCACCAUGGCACUCUGUGUAGCGCCACUAGUAGUCUUCAGCCUGCUGGUUCUCGGGACCUUCCCAGCCCCAGUUCUUGGGGAUGCCAAUGAUGCGGAAGAUUGCUGCCUGUCUGUGACCCAGCGCCCCAUCCCUGUGAACAUCGUGAAAGCCUUCCGCUACCUUCUUAAUAAGGACGGCUGCAGGGUGCCUGCUGUUGUGUUCACCACACUAAGGGGCUAUCAGCUCUGCGCACCCCCAGACCAGCCUUGGGUAGAACGCAUCAUCCGAAGACUGAGGAAGUUCUCUGCCAUGGCAAGCCUGACCCUCCUCACCCCUGCCUCUAUCCUCCAAACCCCUGCCCAAGAUUCCAGCCCAUGACCCUGCUUCUCCUUUCUCCCCUUAGAGAAAGCACAUCAGGAUUUAACCAUGACAGCACCGGAAGGAGCCCUGUGUCUUGAGCAAAGGAUGUGAAUCUCCCUGGCCCAAGGAACCAAGGACCAGGAGAGAGGACCAGGCCUCCUGAUGCUCCCCUCUAGACCUAACCCAGCCAGGGCUGUGCCUAGAGGAUCAAUGUGAACAAGCACAGCCUCUCGGUGGCUAGACUGCAGUGCUUCCAAUAAAGCUGUUUGGUACCCAUGGA